AGCGUCUGUCUGACUUUCAAGCAUUACGGUUAAAAGUCUGUAAGUACUCCCUCGGUAGUGUAAGAAAAGUCUAUACUCUUAUCUUCAUGCAAGAAAAAUAUUCUCGUUAUUUUCUUCGACUAAUUUUAAUUUUUUUAAUUUUUAUAUUUUUGUUUCUCAAAUAGGUAAGUUCUAUUCACCACUAGCCAAAAAACUGCAGACAACUAAAAUUAAAAACUGAAGCUAAAUCCUAAGCUCUCCCCCUGAGUCAAUCACUUUCUCAAUCUCCGUAACACCAUCUGGAUAUUUUCAGAAAGACGUUAAAACGUUUUCCCCAAAUUAAAAAAAUAAUAAUAAUUAUAAUACUUUUAAUACUUUCUACUUUCUUGAGAACCUGAAAACAAAAAUUGCAAUGGAGUUUUACUCAAUUGUCGAACUAUUUUUUUCAAGGUAGUUUUUUUUUACAGAGACUAUAGUUUGAGUAUUAAUAUACACAUUUCACUAAUCAUACAUACCCUGGUUUUUUUUCAGCCAUUUUAAUUUUAUGCUAGAUUUUAAAAUUCCAUACUUACUGUUUAAGUAGUACUAUUUUACUAUAAAUAAGACUGUUAUUUUUAAAAUAGAGCAAACCACCACUGUGUUAUUCUUAGAAAGUCAACAAGGCCAAUAAUGCGAGUCAUAUACUUCCUUGUGGCGGCGCUACUUGUCACUCACGCAAAUGGAUUCUUUCUGGGUAAAAAUUAUUUUUAAUAGUUAGGGUCAUUGUUAUAUAUUUACAUAAAUAUAUAUAUAUAUAUGUAUGUAUAUAUAUAUAUAUAUAUCUAUAAAUAAAUAUAUAUAUAUAUAAUAUACGCUUUUCUAAUCACUUUUUUAAAAACAUUAUAUGACCGUAUGCCCUAAAUACAUUUAUAUUGCAUUGAUACAUUUUUAAAUGAAUAUAUUAUUUUUUUAAAGGUACAUAUAUUAUUAUUUAUAAUCGACAGGAGAAGGCUAAAUUAUUAAUUUUUCUUUCAAAUGAAUAUGUUUGUUUACAACGCAUUUAGUUUUUGUAGCAUAGCCUGGGCUAGACAAGUCGUCCUUAAUGGUGGGUGGUGCGGCCCGCUAGGAGACACUGGUAGAGCCAAAUGAGGCGGUGGGAGGCUUCCAGUGAUUUCAGUGGACGUUUAAGCAUUUUUCAAUUAAAGAGAAAAACCGUUUUUAAUUAUAUUUAAUAUUUUUGACAUUAUUUAAGUUUUAACCUAAUACACCCAGCAAAAAAAAAAGUGAUCUACGAUCCAAACCGAAUCUAAUUUAAGCAUAUUUAAAUGAUGAUCAGAUAGAGUUUAUAGGCCUACAAAAAAAGUUCGACUUUGUUUAAAAUUUUAAAAAAAAAGAUAACAACAUGUUUUUUGUCUUUGUAGUCUGAACCAAGAUUUAUUAAUUUUCGAAUUCAAAUUUUAUUUACAUGCUGAAGCAAGAUAUUAAUAAAUAUUUUAUUUACUAAUUGCACUACUGCUUAUCUACUCAGACACAGUCGGGAAUGCGCUAGGCGGCGCCGUGAACCUUGCCGGCAAUGUGCUCGGUGGCACUCUAAACACAGCCGGUAACUUGGUAAAUGGUCUGGCCAAUACUGCUGGGAACAUAGUCAAUGAUGUGGCUAAUACGGCCGGGGCAUUGGUCAACACGGGCUUGCAGGUUGGGGCGAACGUUGUUGGAGCUGUGGUGGACACUGGUGUGAAUGUCCUCUGCGCUGUGGCCGGCGAGUUGAUCAACUGUAAAGAUG